UGGGAAACUGUAUAUCAUUUUCCUUUCAGUCUAAUGCCGCUGAUGGCGUGGUUUCUCAUUGCUGCGAAUUCACUACUAAACGAGCAAGGUACGUGUCUAAGCUUGAAGGAAAUAUUGAUGCUUUGAAGAAAGCUUUUGAAGAGUUAACAACUACAAAGACUGACUUGCUAAGGAGAGUCAACGUUGCGGAGGAGCUACAGCAGAUGAAGCGGCUUGAUAAGGUUGAGAGGUGGAUUUCUGGGGUUGAAGCCAUGGAAGCUGAAGUCAACGCAUUGAUGGAAAGAAGCGCUCGAGAAGUCAACAGAUUAUGCCUUUGGGGUUGCUGUUCUAAGAAUUACAUCUCCACCUACAAAUUUGGCAAGAUGGUGUCUGAGAAGCUCGCCGAAGUGACGGAUCUGCAAGGCAAAGGGGCGUUUGAAGUGGUCUCUGAACGGGCACCCAUAGCUUCUGUGGUAGAAAUGCCCCUUGAGUCAACUGUGGGCAUGGAAACACUAUUUGACAAGGUUUGGAGAGAUCUCAAUGAUGAAAAUGUUGGGAUAAUGGGGUUAUAUGGAAUGGGAGGGGUAGGAAAAACUACCCUUUUGAAGAAUAUCAACAACAAUUUUCUCAAGAUUACUACCAGUGACUACAAUGUCAUCUGGGUAGUAGUAUCUCAGGAUCACAGACUUGAUAACUUACAAAAUGUAAUUGGGGAAAAGAUAGGUUAUUCCGAGGAAACAUGGAAAAGAAGAGACUAUCAUAAUAAAGCUACAGACAUCUUUAGCAUCCUCAGCAGAAGGAAAUUUGUGCUUUUAUUGGAUGAUAUAUGGGACAGGAUUGAUCUUACUGAACUUGGGGUUCCUUUGCCUACCAAAGAAAAUGGAUCCAAGGUUGUAUUCACAACUCGUUCCAUGGAAGUUUGUUGUCAAAUGGACGCUCAAAAGAUGGUAGAAGUGAAGUGCUUAGCAUGGGAUAAAUCCUGGAAGUUGUUUCAAGAGAAGGUUGGGGAAGUGGCCCUCAAUGUCCACCCCGAUAUCCCGAGUUUAGCUGAGAUUGUCGCCAAAGAGUGUGAUGGUUUACCUCUUGCGCUAAUUACCAUUGGUCGCGCCAUGGCUUGCAAAAGAACACUUCAAGAAUGGAAAUGUGCAACUCAGGUGUUGAAGAAUUCAGCAUCCGAUUUUUCAGGCAUGCGUGAUAAGGUACUUCCACUCUUGAAGUUCAGUUAUGACAAUUUGUCGAGUGAAAAAGUUAAAUCUUGUUUCUUGUAUUGCGCGUUAUUCCCAGAAGAUUGGCCGAUUGAUAGAAAUAUUUUGAUAGAUUAUUGGAUGAGUGAGGGAUUUUUGGAUGAAUAUCUGGAUAUAGAUCAUGCAAAAAAUCAAGGAUGUGAUAUUAUUGGUUCACUUCUUUAUGCAUGCUUACUAGAGGAUAUUGACAAUAAAUUUGUAAAGAUGCAUGAUGUUGUCCGAGACAUGGCUUUGUGGAUAGCUUGUGACUGUGGUAAGGCAGAGAAUAGAUUUUUGGUGAAAACCAACGCUGAACUGUUAAAACUUCCCAUGAACGAAACAUGGAAUGAGGUCAGUAGGAUUUCGUUGCAGAGAAACCGCAUUGAGAGUCUUUCAGGAACUCCAACAUGCCCCAAUCUCUUGACUUUAUUUCUUAACCGUAACAGUUUGAGUCAGAUCACGGAUAGCUUCUUUGACUCUAUGCCAAAACUAAGAGUUUUGGAUCUGGCAGCAAAUCCAUGUCUGACUAAUUUGCCGGUUGGAAUUUCACAAUUAGUUUCAUUGCAAUAUCUCAAUCUGUCAAAUACGGCGAUAGAAGAAUUGCCAAGUGAGUUAAAGAACUUGGUAAUGCUCAAGUACUUGAACUUAAAUAAUGCAAUAAACCUUGACGGAAUCCCACAAGAGAUCAUAUCAAGCUUUCUUCGGCUACAACGCUUAAACAUGUUUUUCUGCGGAUUGCAUGAAAACCGGCUAACGGGGGCCAACACUGUGCAGUGUGGGGGUAAUGAAUUAUUAGUGCAGGAAUUACUAUGUUUGAAAGACUUAAAGACAUUGGAAGUCUCAAUGAAAAGUCUCUCUGCCUUUGAAAGACUUUCAACCUCAGAAAAGCUACAAAACUGCACUCGAGCUCUAUUUCUCCAACGUUUAAGGAGUGUCCGUUUCCUUUAUCUGUCAGCUUUUGUAAAUAUGAAGCGUUUAGAAAAGCUCAUGAUCUCGGACUGUAGAAGGUUCGAAGAGAUAAAGAUUGACUGGGAUUACAUAGGAAGAGAGUCCCAUGGGAUUCACCUUCACCACUCAAAUAUCACAAAUGAAAUGUGCUUUUUGAGCCUUCGUGUAGUUGGAAUCGUAAGCUGCAAAUCACUGAAGGACUUGACUUGCCUUAUUUUUGCUCCAAAGCUAAGUUCUCUAAAUGUAAGUAAUUGCCCUGCACUGCAAGAAAUAAUAUGUCUCAACAAACUAGCUCAUGCUAUAGAGGUGACAAAACAUCUGGAACCAUUUAAGGAACUUAUGGAUCUAGAUUUGCGCUACUUACCAUCGUUGAUGAGUAUCCACCAGAAACCCUUGUCCUUCCCACGUCUCAUGAAAAUUGAAGUACUAAAGUGUCGUUUCCUGAAGAAACUUCCUAUCAGUUCAAACAUUACCAAGGAAUCUGAAUUGGAGAUCAACGGAGAAGAAUCUUGGUGGAAUGAGCUGGAAUGGGAUGACGAGGCCACUCAAGACGCUUUUCUUCCAUGUUUCCAUGCUAUCUCAGAGAAGCAUUGACGUAUUAUUGAAGAGAAAAUACAAUUAAUUUCAGGUUUCCAGGCGGAGAAAAGGGAAAUGCUUAAAAAAAUAAUAAUAAUCAAAGCAAUUAAGUUCUGACGGUCUAUGCGAAAGGAAGUUCAUGCUUUUCCAACCUGUGUUUCACUUGAUAAAUCUGCUGAGAAAAAUCUCUGCGCUCCUUUCGUGUUUUCUUUCCAUCUAAUAUUGUUGAUGAUUCUGUGCUUUGUUAUGUUCUAAUAUUGGAGAUAUCGUUUCAUCUGCAUGUGGAAAAAAUGAAAAAAGAAAAAAGAAGAAGAAAACUAUGGUUAUCUGUUCCAGGCCAUUCUCUCUAUUGAUGUAGUACAAAUGGUAAUAUUGCACAUAUAUUCUAUUUUUUCUAUGUAAAAUACAUUUGACAACAAAAAGCAUCACUCAGGUAUGAAUAAGAAGGUGUUUGUCCU